AUGGGUUGGAUAUCUUCGGUCCUUGGUACCGACAAGUCGUCAGACCCUCUUUCAAAACUCGAUCCAAGCCUUCGCGACUUUCUGGAGAAAGAAUCUCCGCUCAAAUACCCUUCGAACCAACCUACGAAUCCCCCUCCAGCAAAUCCGCAGCCCCCAAAUGCCAAUGCAGCGGCGACAGCUACAGAACAACAAAAGCCAGUCGUACCUUCAGCAAGCCUGUAUCAAGACGGUCGAUAUGCCCACCUCUGGAAGAACUACCAACCGCUCGCCGAGAUUGAGGCAGAGACGGCAACAGAUCAUGAGAAGCUAAUGAGCGUCUUGGAGGCAUACAAGGAACGGAAAGAGGCCAUUGGAAAGGCGGCAUUGGAAAACUGUGCGGAAUACCAAGAAGAGUGGGUGAAUUGCAUGAAGCACGGAAGCUGGGAGGACCAAAUGCAGAUGUGUAGGCAUCAAGUUCGAAGAUUUGAGAGGUGUUAUAUGAUGCAAUCACGUUUUCUUCGAGCGUUGGGGCAUGGGUCAGUGGUAGGCAGAUCGCAUGAGGUGGAAGAAGAUAUCCAAAUGCACGCCGACACUCUUUAUCAGCGAAUGAUCAAGCACGAGGAGGCAGUCGAGAAGGCUAAGGCAGAAGGACUACCCGCGCCGGUCUUCCAGACAACAUUGCCAAAAGCCAAGAAAGAUGCGGUUAUGCCCACUGAAGAACUUCAACAACAAUGGAAAGAACAGCUUGACAAGCUACCGGCUGAGGAACGUGCGGUUGAAGAAGCUGCUCUUCGUGCUGAUCUCCAGGCCAAGGCUGAGGUUGCCGGCAGCGUUCAGAAGAUUUGGGAUACACAGGCGGAGCAGAGGAAACAGAGGCAGGCAGAAGGCACCUCUACAUUUGGAGAUUACAUUGCAUCUUUGUUUGGGAAAUCUGGGAAAUAA